AUGGCCGGCCUACAGAACAAAGAGCCUUCGACCCAGCUCAAAUCAAAAAGUGCCUCACCGCAAUUCGACGGCGUGUCGAACAAAGAACUACCAUCAGGACACAGCCCACAGACAGCAGUUUCCGCUAAGACGGCAUCCCGAGCGCUCUCACCGCCUCAGAAAAAGAAAGUUUCCCCGGCUGGUUCGGUUAUGUCUAGCAGUUACAACAGCCGAGUGUCAAACGACAGCAUACGCAGCCCACUCAACUCUAAGAAGCGCGUGGGGAGCUCGGCCAGUUCAGCAAAAGGAAAACCCCCUUCAUCGAUGGAAAGUGCGAAGCAGCGACUGAGCGCCAAAC